ACCUUCAACACCUCUGCACGGUGCAGUACAGCAGAGGACCUGACCACUGGAGCCGCUAUAUCACAGGCCCUACAUCAAAUAGACCCAUCAUGGUUCACUGACGGCUGGCUCACUCGCAUCAAAACCGACGUUGAGGACAAUUGGAGACUGAAGGUAGAGAGGGCAGUCUGUCGUCUUUGUGCUUUUAUCAUCUUCUGCUCCCUGCCCCCCUUCCUAGUGUGCUAAAUCCUCCGUAUGCUUGAUUCCUGCCCAACUCUCCUUGCAACUGACCUCCUCCCUCCACCGGGGGGGGGGCUGCUGCUGCUCCUGGUUUAACCUGCACUCUGAGACUCCUCUGCCAUCUCAACAACCUGAAGAAGAUCCUGCAGAUGGUGCUGGAGUACUACAAUGAGGUCUUGGUACAGGGCCUCUCUGACUUCCCCCUGCCAGACGUGGCCCUGGUGGCGGAGCAUUCAGCCCCUGUUGAGCUGGGGAGGCUGCUGCAGCUCGUUCUGGGUUGCGCCGUCAAAUGUGAACGCAAACAAGAGUACAUUCAGAUCAUCAUGACGCUGGAGGAGUCCGUGCAGCACGUUGUCAUGGCGGCCAUCCAGGAGCUCCUAAGUAAAGAGACCAUGACCCCCUUUGGAGUGGAGCUGUCAGGGGACCUGGAACAGCAGCUCAGAGAGGCUCUGAAAGAACUGCAUGAACUUUCAGCAGAGAAGGAAGCACUAUCCCAACGCUGCCAGGAGCUGGACCAACAGGUGGCCAUUCUCCAAGAAGAACGAAAUAGUCUAUUGGCCGAGAACGACGUCCUAACCGACCGAGCCAAUCAGCUGGAUACCUUUGACGACCCAAACACGCCCUCGGGCAGGAAGUACACUCAAUUACAGCAGCAGCUUGAGGCGCUGCAGGAGGAGAGCUUCCGGCUGGAGGCUGCAAAGGACGACUACAGGAUCCAUUGUGAAGAGCUGGAGAAGCAGCUGGUGGAGAUUCAGCACCGCAACGACGAGCUCACUAGCCUGGCGGAGGAAUCCCGAGCACUCAAAGACGAGUUGGACGUUCUGAGGAACUGUUCAGACCGAGUGGUAAUGCUGGAGGCUUCGGUGGAAACUUAUAAGCGAAAGCUGGAGAACCUGGGGGACCUGAAGAGGCAGAUGAAGCUGCUGGAAGAAAAUAACAUGAUCUACAUGCAGAACACCGUCAGCUUGGAGGAGGAGCUACGCAAGGCCAACGCUGCCCGUGCACAGCUGGAGACAUACAAGCGACAGGUGCAAGAGCUCCAUAGGAAAUUGUCAGACGAGACGAGGCGAGCAGAUAACCAGGCCUAUGAGAUGAAGAAGUUGGAGGAGAAGCAUGAGCUGGUGAUGAAGGAAAAGGAGCGGAUCAUCAUCGAGAGAGAUUCUCUGAAGGAGAUCAACGAGGAGCUUCGAUGCACCCAAGCUCAGCAGCACCAGCUCUCCCAAGCAGGCAUGCUCCCAUCCAGCAGCCCCAGCCACGACAACCUGGCAGCAGAGUUAAUCCCCAUUGAGCACAGAGAGAAGUUCAUCAGGCUUCAGCAUGAGAACAAGAUGCUGAGAGUGCAGCAGGAGGAGUUUGAGAGGGAGAAGAUUGCCUCUCUGCAGUUUCAGCUGGAGGAAGCUCACAAGACCCGCAGCGAGUUGGACACAGAGAAUAGGUUGAGUCGAGAGCGCAUCAGCGAGCUGCAGCAGCAGGUUGAGGACCUUCAGAAGGCCCUGCAGGGUCAGGCAGUCAAGCCCGAUGAUUCCAACCUGAAGCGGAAACUCGACGCUCACAUGGUCCAACUCAACGAGGCUCAGGACGAAAUCAUGAAGAAGAAAGAGCUGCUGGAAGACCUGCAGCCUGACAACACUCAAACCUCUCUGAAACUGGAUGAGCUAAUGGCCGCUCUGAAGAAGAAGGACGAUGACAUGAGGGCCAUGGAGGAGAGGUACAAAAUGUACCUGGAGAAAGCUCGCAAUGUUAUCCGAGCACUCGACCCAAAACUGAAUCCUGCCACCGCUGAAAUCCAGGCUCUGAAGAACCAACUGACAGACAGGGACAAGCAGAUCCUCAACCUGGAGCGUCAGUGUGAGCAGGCUCGACUGCGAGAGUACGAGGAAAAGCUGAUAGUCUCUGCCUGGUACAAUAAGAGUCUGAACUUUCAGAAGCUGGCCAUUGAGACACGUCUCGGAGGCCGCGCCACCUCCACGCUGUCCCCCGGCCAGUCCUUCUUGUCCCAACAGCGCCAGGUUUCCAGCGCCCCUCGCCGGGCACUCUCCAUCAGUGUGCCAAGCGCCACCUCCAAGUAGAGUUGCUCAGAGCCACGUGCCUCCCCCUUUAGAGUAGUUCAGGGACUGAUCCCACACUCAAGUGACCUUAAACACAUCACACCGACUGGGGGGGAGACGGUUGAGCACUUGAAACACUUAAGUUUACCUGCCUGAUCCGACAUCAGCAGGUGACUCACACGACCCAACUGUGCACAUCAGGAAUAUUUCACAUGCUGCCAGCAGACUGAACAGAACUUUGUCAAGGUCCCGUAAUACACUGAAUGUGAUUUUAAUCGUGUGUGUGUGUGUGUGUGUGUGUGUGUGUGUGUGUGUGUGUGUGUGUGUGUAGGAUUUACUAUGACUGUUGAUACAUUUGGUGCUGGCCACCAACUGCUUACAUGCACUAGUAUGUUGCUUUAAAAACAAUAAUAAAAAUAAAUCUGGGAAGCUGAAAGUCUAAGGCUGUGUCUCAAAUGGAAUACUUCCAACAGUACGCUCCAGUGUGUACUUGUACAUCUCAAUAUAAAUUCAAAUGUAUUUCAGCAGUUCAAUUCAAACAAAGGAUAUCAAAGAGUUAUUGCGAGAACGUGAUUGUUACCUCCGCUUCUAAUCUACACAUCUACUACACACUGAAAUGUCUCGAAGGUAUUUCUUUAAUUUUGAUGAUUUUUAGUGCUGCAGCUCAUACAACUCCUACAAUCGGUAUCUCAAAAUUGCAAAAGUUUAUCGGAAACUACUAGAUUGAGCUCUCAUCAAAAAAAUAAAUGCAAAAAAUUCCUGAGCUUUUAUUUAGGCAUAGUUUGAAUUGAAUUCUUGAACUCAAAUACAUGCAACUCUUGCACAAUACUUACAUUUUUUUGAGACACGUGUAUUCAAUGUACUGCAUACUCCCUGAGUUCCUGAGGGCACACGUUUUGACAGUGAAAUGCUGUCCCCUAUCCAUUUACAGUCGUUGCACACUUCACAAUAUCUUCUAUCCUUUUUUAAUGGUGAAUUGCAACCACUGAAGUUAUGCAGUGCAGCCAAGAUGGCCAUGAUUCACGUGUAUGAAUUGAGACACAACCUUAUGACUAACAAUCAGAAGCUUAAAAAAACCAGCAUGAAACACCAUUGACCUUUCAUUUGUUGUAAAUGGUAUUAGCUGCAAUCAUUUUCACACCAGCAUUUGAUGUCCGAAGCAGGUCCAGCUAAUUCGUACUUUAAAUUGUUGUGGCGCAGUGAGUUUUUAAUCGGGUUUUCAGGUUGCGUGAUGUUAUUCUUGAAGGGUUUCUUUAUUUGCUUUAAACACCCGGAGGCAACCUUGUGUCAGGAAAUGUUCCUAAUCAGCAUAAUGUGUAUUGUUUGGUGAGGCAUUUCUAUAAUUACUGUUAAGAUCAGGUAGCACAGCGCACAGGAUGUAAUGGAAAAAUAUAUCAAAUAUGCUAUGGAAUUUAAUAUUUUAAUGCAAAAAGACUA